AUGGAGUAUACUGUUCCCAUCAAACGUAUUGUCACUAAAGAAGAUCUAGAGGAUUUUCUGACAUCCGGUGCAUACAACGAGUACAUUGGAUACAUUGAACGACUGAAUGACUCGAUCAAGAACUGCAAGAUUGAUUCCGAUGUGCAAGUGUCAAAGAAUGUGCAAACAGUGCUUGAUAUUUUGGAGACACUAUUGGCUUGGGUGAAGGAGAUCCCUCCGGUUGAGAACUCAAAAUCGCGUUUCGGUAAUCCAGCUUUCAGAACAUUCUAUGACAAAGUAAAAGAUUCUGUCCCUGAGCUAUUCAAAGACCUUGUUCCUGAACCUGCCAUCAAAGAAGUUGGAAAGUAUUUCUAUGAGAGUUUUGGCAAUCAAAAGAGAAUUGACUAUGGUACUGGACAUGAAGCCAAUUUCAUGGCAUGGUUACUCUGUUUGGAGAAACUAAAGGUGUUUAGUGAAAGCGAUGACAAGGCUGUUGUGUUACGAAUCUUUGUAAAAUAUAUCCAGUUGAUGAGACAACUUCAAUUUGAUUACUGGCUUGAACCAGCAGGAUCUCACGGUGUAUGGGGGUUGGAUGAUUAUCACUUUUUACCCUUUCUGUUUGGAUCAGCUCAGUUAUUAGACCACAAGCACAUUAAGCCAAAAUCAAUCCAUGAUGUUGAUACAGUCGAACAAUUCUCCAAAUCAUACAUGUAUCUUGCCUGCAUCCACUUUAUCAACACGGUAAAAACCACAGCAUCCUUACGCUGGCAUUCACCCAUGUUGGACGAUAUCUCAGCUUGCAAGACGUGGGUCAAGGUGAAUCAGGGCAUGAUCAAGAUGUACAAGGCAGAAGUGUUGUCCAAACUACCUAUUAUGCAGCAUUUUAUGUUUGGUAGUCUGAUCCACUUUGAAGGGGGACACCCACAAUCGGAGGAUCUGGAAGACGAGUGUGGACAUAUCCAUGAUACUAAGCCUGCUAGCACCGGCCCUGAUGGUGGUGUGUUUGCUCUAGGCCAAGAGUAUCCAGAUUGCUGUGGUAUUCCUGUGCCUAGUGCCAUCGCUGCUGCUGCUUUAAAAAAUAAGGAAGGCGCAUCUAAACCUCGACCUCUUCCUUUUGAUUAA